CUGACCGUGGUGUGGGUGUGUGUGAGAGCGGCAGCUAGCGGUGUGUGCACGGCUCACUAGCUAGCAAUGGCGCUGCGGGCUGGCCAGCUUCUUCCUCCGUGUGUCCUCGCGCUGUCUUUGUUGCUGCUCGCGAGCGGCCCGCGGCUCGCGCUCUGCUGUCCGAGCCGCUGCUUGUGCUUCCGAACCACCGUGAGAUGUAUGCAUCUGAACCUGGAAACCGUGCCGGCAGUGUCUCCUCAGACGACCAUUCUAGACCUGAGGUUCAAUAAAAUCAAGGAUUUACAACCAGCCUCCUUCAGACGACUAAAGAACCUCAACACACUCCUCCUCAACAACAAUCAUGUACAAAGGAUCCCCAGGGGGGCGUUUGAAGACCUGGAAAACCUCAAAUACCUCUAUUUGUACAAGAAUGAAAUCCAAUCAAUUGACAGACAAGCAUUUAAGGGGCUUGUCUCUCUUGAGCAACUGUACCUGCACUUCAACAACAUUGAGUCUCUGGAACCACAAUCAUUUACUCACCUACCAAAGCUGGAACGACUGUUUUUGCACAACAACAGAAUCUCCCAGCUGGUCCCAGGAACCUUCUCUCAUCUUCAGGCCAUGAAGCGACUGCGGCUGGAUUCCAACGCGUUAAACUGUGACUGUGAGCUGCUGUGGCUGGCUGACCUGCUGAAGCAGUACGCCGAGUCGGGCAACGCGCAGGCUGCUGCCACCUGUGACUACCCGAGCCGCCUGCAGGGCCGAUCGGUGGCAACGCUCACCGCAGAGGAGCUCAACUGUGAGGUACCUAGGAUCACCUCACAGCCCCAGGAUGUCGAUGUGACAUCUGGCAACACUGUCUACUUCACCUGUAGGGCUGAAGGCAACCCGAAACCACAGAUCAUCUGGCUCAGAAACAACAAUGCUCUGAACAUGCGCGAUGAUAGUCGGCUGAACCUGCUGGAGGACGGCACGCUGAUGAUUCAGAACACCAGGGAGACGGACCAGGGAGUCUACCAGUGCAUGGCCAAAAACGUGGCUGGAGAAGUCAAGACCUCACAGGUCACACUGCGAUACUUCGGAGCACCCUCACGGCCAAGUUUUGUGAUCCAGCCCCAGAACACUGAGGUGCUGGUGGGAGAGAGCGUGACCCUGGAGUGCAGCGCCACAGGCCAACCACAGCCCCGGGUGACUUGGACAAAGGGUGAUCGCACACCCCUUCCCAACGACGCCCGUAUCAACACCACCCCUUCUGGAGGGCUCUAUAUCCAGAACGUGGACCAGACGGAUGGGGGACAUUACACCUGUUUUGCCUCCAACAAUGUUGAUACCAUACACGCUACGGCGUAUAUCAUUGUACAAGCGAUCCCCCAGCUCACAGUCACUCCACAGGACCAGUCCGUCCUGGAGGGUCACACGGUGGACUUUCCCUGUGAGGCGAGUGGUUACCCCCAGCCGGUGAUUGCUUGGACCCGUGGAGGCAGUCCGUUACCCCUAGACCGCCGCCACGUGGUCCUUGCCUCCGGCACUCUCCGCAUCACUCGCGUGGCGGCCCACGACGAGGGCCAGUACGAGUGCCAGGCGGUCAGCCCCCUGGGGACUGUGCGCUCCGCCGUGCAGCUCAGCAUCCAGCAAAGAGUAACGCCUGUUUUCACAAAUGCUCCAAGGGACGUGACGGUGGAGUCUGGCCAGGAUGUCCAGAUUCCCUGCAGCGCUCAGGGCCAGCCACAACCUGUCCUCACCUGGAACAAGGACGGUGUACAGGUGACGGAGAGUGGGAAGUUUCACAUAAGUCCCGAGGGUUAUCUAGAGGUGAAGGAUGUGGGCACUGCCGACGGCGGACGCUACGAGUGUGUCGCUCGCAAUCCCAUCGGCUACCAGGUGGUCAGCAUGGUGCUCACUGUCACAGUUCCUGCUGUCAGCAGGGAGGGUGACCUCUUUGUGAGUACGUCCAUAGAGCAGGCCAUCCGUAAUGUGGACAGCGCUAUCGAGUCAACGCGAAGACGUCUCUUCGAUGGUCAGCCUCGUACUCCUGGAGAGCUGCUGGCACUCUUCCGGUAUCCACGUGACCCCUACACGGUGGAGCGGGCCCGUGCCGGGGAGAUCUUUGAGCAGACCCUUCUUCUCAUCCAGAACCACGUCAACCAGGGUCUCACGGUCGACACCAACGGCACCGCAUUCCGCUACAACGACCUGGUGUCCCCUCACUUCCUGGACGUGAUCGCCAACCUGUCGGGCUGCACGGCCCACCGUCGCUUCAACAACUGCUCCGACAUCUGCUUCCACCAGAAGUACCGCAGCCACGACGGCACCUGCAACAACCUGCAGCACCCCAUGUGGGGCGCCUCCCUCACGGCCUUCGAGCGACUCCUGAAGUCGGUCUACGACAAUGGCUUCAACCUGCCGAGGGGCGCCACCGAGCAGCAGCACAACGGCUACAGGCUACCUCUGCCGAGGUUGGUGUCGACCACCAUGAUUGGAACCGAGACCAUCACUCCUGACGACCGCUACACCCACAUGCUGAUGCAGUGGGGCCAGUUCCUGGACCACGACAUGGACUUGACCGUGGCGGCCCUCAGCCAAUCGCGGUUCUCCGACGGCCAGCUCUGCACUCAGGUCUGCACCAAUGACCCGCCAUGCUUCCCAAUCCAAUUCCCAGCCAAUGACCCCAGGCAGCUGAGGAGUGGCGCCCGCUGCAUGUUCUUUGUCCGGUCCACCCCCGUGUGCGGCAGCGGGAUGACCUCUCUUCUGAUGAACAGCGUGUACCCCAGAGAGCAGAUCAACCAGCUGACCUCUUACAUUGAUGCUUCAAAUGUCUACGGCAGCUCACGCCACGAAUCGGAGGAAAUUCGCGAUUUGGCCAGCCACCGGGGUCUGCUCCGACAAGGGAUCAUCCAGCGGACGGGGAAGCCUCUUCUGCCCUUUGCUGCAGGACCUCCCACUGAGUGCAUGAGAGAUGAAAACGAGAGUCCAAUCCCAUGUUUCUUAGCUGGAGAUCACCGUGCCAACGAGCAGCUGGGUCUGACCGCCAUGCACACAGUGUGGUUCAGAGAGCACAACCGGAUAGCUACAGAGCUACUGAGACUCAACCCCCACUGGGACGGGGACACCAUCUACCACGAGGCCCGAAAGAUCGUGGGAGCCCAGAUGCAGCACAUCACCUACAAGCACUGGUUGCCAAAGAUCCUGGGUGAGGCCGGCAUGAAGUUGAUCGGCACGUACACCGGUUACAACCCCAAUAUCAACAGCGCCAUCCUCAGCGCUUUCGCCACGGCUGCGUUCCGCUUCGGGCACACCCUCAUCAACCCAGUACUCUACAGGUUAGACGAGGACUUCCAGCCCAUCCCACAGGGACACAUCUCGCUGCACCGGGCCUUCUUCUCUCCGUUCCGCAUCGUGAACGAGGGCGGCAUCGACCCGCUGCUUCGCGGGCUCUUUGGUGUCGCCGGCAAGAUGCGGGUUACCACGCAGCUGCUGAACACGGAGCUGACGGAGAGGCUUUUCUCCAUGGCACACGCUGUGGCUCUGGAUCUGGCCGCCAUGAAUAUACAGCGAGGAAGGGACCAUGGUAUACCGCCGUACAAUGAUUACAGAGUCUUCUGCAACCUGACCUCGGCUCAGACCUUUGACGACCUUAGAAACGAAAUUAAGAAUCCGACUGUCAGAGAGAAGCUUCAGAGGCUGUAUGGCAGUCCUCUGAACAUCGAUCUGUUCCCCGCUCUGAUGGCUGAAGACCUGGUCCCCGGCAGCCGAGUGGGACCCACCCUCAUGUGUCUGCUGGCAACCCAGUUCAAACGCCUGCAGGAGGGAGACAGGUUCUGGUAUGAAAACCCAGGCGUAUUCUCUCCUGCCCAGCUGACACAGCUGAAGCAGGCCUCUCUGACGCGGGUGCUGUGCGACAACGGGGACAACAUCACACGCGUCCAGCAGGACGUUUUUAGGGUGGCCGAGCUUCCCCACGGCUACGGUAGCUGUGAUGACAUCCCUCAUAUCGACCUGCGCAUGUGGCAGGACUGCUGUGAAGACUGCAGAACCAAGGGUCAGUUCAACGCUCUGUCGUACCACUUCAGAGGACGCAGAUCAGCUGAGCACAGCUACAAAGAGGAGGGGCCUGACAACAGCGUCCAGGAGAAGAGCCCAAUGGAGAAAGCCGGACAAAGUAUUGUAAAUGUUACUGAGACCUCCAAAAAAAGCGCUGAACCGUCAAUCAACGACUUUCAGGGCUUUGUGUCCGACAUGCAGAAGACAAUCACAAGUUUACGAAAGCAGAUCAAAAGACUCGAGACCCGUCUGAGCAAGACCGACUGCACCGACAGUGAGGGACGUGAACGCAAAGAUGGAGAGCGCUGGAAGCAGGACUCCUGCACCAUAUGUGAAUGCAGAGACACCCAGAUGACCUGCUUUGUGGAGUCUUGUCCACCGGCUGAGUGCAAAUGGCCCGUCAAGCUAAAAGGCUCCUGCUGCCCGGUGUGCCACCACCUGGCUGAUGUUGAGAAGCCGCCUCAAGUGGACACUCGCCACCAAUAACCCUCAGGACCCCCCGCCCUCCCAACAUACUCCAGUGGCAGAAAGUCACACCCAGACAAACCCACACAUCAGAUGGGACUCAUGAAGGUGUGUCGACCCGCAGCCACCAAUAGCCUCAGUUUUUUGUUUUGUUUUAUUUUGUAUUCUUCUUUGUAAUUUGAGGGAGGGGAGGCCGUUCAUUUUUGGGGUGGUGGCUUCCACCAGGGACAGUGGCCUGCGGCGCGGUUUAUAUUGUGGCCGGGGAUCAUUAAAUGGAUGAUGGUCUGAACCCAUGGGUAGGCGGGAGGAUUGUACAGACGGACAGACGUCCUCUCCUUGCCGGGGGGCCCCUGAGGCCCCUGGGGCUUCUGGGGCCCCUGAGGUGUAACCUGCCCGUAACACGUAGUGACAAAGCACAGGGCCACAUGCCGCGGGGCAGCAGGAAAGGGAAGUAGAUUGAGAGGCGGCAGCCCUGUUGUCAAUAAGUUCUCAGGUUAGAGAUGCCAAAAACUGGUGCUAUUUCCCCCCCCCCCCUUUUUUUUAUUCAUGAUUUUAAUCACUAAAUACAAACCUUAGGUAUUGUCUUUUGUACGCAAAACAACCUAUAAACGCUCAGUAUAUGCCUUUUUAUGAUAAAUCACAAUUGAGAGGAGGGUUUCCCUCAAACUAAACUUUUUAUAAUUAGAUUUACUUCAUCUUUUACGCAUGGAGCUUGUUAUGAAUUUGUUUGUCCCUGCUCCUUUUUACACAAAAUGCUUACAUAUGAAGAUAAUGUGAAGCCCUAGGAACAUGUUCUUAAUGCAAAAGAGAUGUCUACUGAUCACUGCUCCUCUUUCCAUGGACAACUUGUUAGUGGACUUCCUUCUAGUCUCUGCUGGCCUGUCCUGACCUUGAGUGAAGUGGAGCCGCGGGGACACUCACACCAGCUCUUGCACUGUUGUGCUCCCUUCCAAGUUUCAUUUUGCUUUCAGGAAGCAGUGAAAGAUGGUCCAUUUUGUACCACUGUAAUGUUGUGAACUUUCACCCAGUAUUCUCCUCGGCCUCCUAAAGCCAAAUGUAUGAUGUAGAUCUUCCUAAAGUGACCUAAAGAGCACAUGUGUAUCUGUGAAACUAGGUGUGAAUGUUGAGAUGAGGUUAGGAUCCAGCCGUUGCCACUGCUGAGCCGACCCCAGCAGCAUUCUCCCUGUUCCCUGUUUGUUGUCCACGUCUAGUCUCCAGUCCCUCGGACUGCUUCCACGCUGCACCCUCUGCCGUGGUGGACCUGCAGUUGGGACAAGGACACGCGCGCAGGCCUUCCUUUUUUUCCAGCAUCCACUGUGACUCGGCCUUCUCCCUCGUCAGCACUGCGUGUUCAGCGCUCCCACAUGUGCCGGAGCAGUGUUUAAAGAGUUGCAUGCUGGUCCCACUCAGGUUGCCAUGUUGGGUGAAAUAAAGUGUGCUUCCCGUUGGUGACGUCAUACGACAGAGCUUGGGUGGAGCGCAGGCCUCUCCGACACUGACCCUCAUUCCGCUGUAAUGGAAGCCAUAUGAGCGGGGGGGCGGGGGGGUGUUGGGGGAGGGCCACUCAUGGUUGGGAUACAGGCAAAACAAGUCUCCGGUGGUGUCAAUGUGAGAUGUACUCUACUGACCCCCGUCAGCCGGCCCGGAACGUGUCCUGUACCUAGACCCAUUGUCCUCCCCCCACCCCCCCCCCAUGCAGCGGCCCUCUGAGAGCGACCUGAGUCCCGACUCUAUUCCCGUGCUCCUCGUUAUGGUUCCUUUCCAUUGUUUUCUUUAGGAGGCGAGCAAAACAAUCCUCUCCCGAAUGUUUGAUAAGUGGGUCGGCAGUUGUACUCGUCAAUUGGUAUCAUAUCAAAUGUUGAAAUAAAGUGCAAGGGUUUGUACCUCAAACCGUGUUUACAGCCCUUCCAACAGUGCCUGGAUGUACACAUCUUAGUGCGCCACGGUGUGUGCGUCUCAAUGCAAUAAGUAUUAUGUUUGUAAAUUUUCAUCAACAUAGUGUAUGAAUAAGUGUCUCUUUGUUAUUUACAGGCUAUACGCAAUUUGGCCGGAGUCCCAAAGUUUGCAUGUCAAAGCACUGUGAGCUCUAAGUUACCAGUCUUUAUUUUCAUAUAUCUUGAAUUACUUCCAUUUUACUUUUUAUUUCCACCCCCAAAAACCUUCCCCAAGUGUCAAUGCAAUGCACUGCUCUGCAAGACUGAACACGCCUUAUCUACCAUGUGGAUAUACUAGUACCUAUCAUGACAUGUGUAUUGUACGUUUGCCAAAGAAUGGUUUGCACUGUAAUGUAUGCCUCUCGACAGUAAGAAUAAAUAAAUCAAUACGCCACAUUGGAAUUAGUGUUGCAUGUUGGUG